UUAACCAUCCCCAUCUCCCAACCACCCAAUAUAAAACCGCAGCAAGAGCCAUUUUCCACACACUGAUCUCUCUCUCUCUCUCUCUCCGAUGGCUGUCGCUGCAACUGUAGCAGCGGGAGCGCCAAAUCUGCGACUCUCUAUUACCUGCUCGACUCGCACCACUUCAACGGUAAAGGAACAUAAGCAACGGGGCUUCAUCGGCAAUUUCAGCCACUUGGCUCAGGUGGUACGCAAGGACGUGGAGUUCUUGAAGAAAGGAUUUAACCAGGGUGUCAGCUGGGCCAGUGAUGCACUUCACCUCCCACAGCUCUCCAAGACCGUCGAUGACUUUAUAUGGCUUCAUUAUCUUGAAGUUCCCGACGCUUCCCCCGAACCUCCUCCGUCGUGGCCUCAACCUUCCUAUCCAGGACUGUCUGGCAUGGAUUUGGUCAUGGCUGAUCUCAAAGCUUUGGAGGCAUAUACUAAUUACUUUUACCAUUUAUUCAAGAUUUGGUCCAGGCCGCUUCCUGAAAUCUACGAUCCACAGGAAGUUACAGAUUAUUUUAGUUGCAGGCCUCACUUGGUGGCCUUACGACUUGUUGAGGUUUUUUCCUCCUUUGCUUCUGCUGCCAUUAAAUUGCGGAUAUCAGGAAUUCUCAAGUUCAACAGGUGGGAUGUGGAUAAAGAUGGUAAUGAUAAUACUUCAGAAUACUACUUUGGGAGGGUGCUGAAAGAAACACUGCUGAAUCUUGGUCCAACUUUUAUCAAAGUUGGUCAGUCCCUUUCUACAAGGCCAGAUAUCAUCGGUCCAGAGAUUACCAAGGCACUGUCUGAACUCCAUGAUCAGAUAGGCCCUUUUCCCAGAAAUGUUGCCAUGCAGAUCAUUCAAGAAGAACUAGGCUGUCCUGUAGACAAAAUCUUUAGCUACAUCUCUGAAGAACCUGUAGCUGCUGCUUCAUUUGGUCAGGUGUAUCGGGGGACUACUCUUGAUGGGGAUAGUGUUGCUGUAAAAGUUCAGCGUCCCAACCUGCGUCAUGUUGUUGUGCGGGAUAUUUAUAUACUUCGGCUUGGGCUAGGGCUAGUGCAAAAGGUGGCAAAAAGGAAGAGCGACCUUCGCCUUUAUGCUGAUGAGCUCGGGAAAGGUUUGGUUGGAGAAUUGGAUUACACUUUAGAGGCUGCAAAUGCUUCUUUUUUCAAGGAAGCUCAUUCCUCCUUUCCUUUCAUGUUUGUUCCAAAAGUAUAUAACCACUUGACCCGAAAGAGAGUUCUGACCAUGCAGUGGGUGGUUGGUGAAAAUCCAAACAGUUUACUUUCUUUAUCUGCCAAGAUAUCAACUGAUGAUGGCCCUGGGUAUUUGGAUAGACAGAAAAUUGAAUCUCGAAAACGUCUUCUUGAUCUGGUUGACAAAGGAGUGGAAGCAACACUUGUUCAACUCCUUGAAACAGGCUUAUUACAUGCUGAUCCACAUCCUGGGAACUUGCGUUACAUGGCUACAGGACAAAUUGGGUUUCUGGAUUUUGGUUUGCUUUGUCGGAUGGAAAAGAAACAUCAAUUUGCUAUGCUUGCAUCUAUUGUACACAUCGUAAAUGGCGACUGGGCUGCACUUGUCAAUUCUUUGACAGAAAUGGAUGUUACAAGGCCAGGGACUAAUCUACAACGUGUGGCUAUGGAUUUGGAAGAUGCCUUGGGAGAGAUAGAAUUUAAAGAUGGAAUUCCUAAUAUCAAGUUUAGUAGAGUUCUAAGUAAAAUCUGGUCCAUAGCACUCAAGUAUCAUUUCCGUAUGCCACCAUACUAUACACUAGUCCUGCGAUCUCUAGCAUCCUUAGAAGGAUUGGCUGUAGCUGCAGAUAAAGAUUUUAAGACAUUUGAAGCUGCAUAUCCUUAUGUUGUCCAAAAGCUUCUCACUGAUAAUUCAGCUGAAAUGAGGAGAAUCUUACAUUCGGUAGUUUUCAACAAAAGGAAGGAAUUCCAAUGGAAAAAGCUAGUUCUUUUCUUAAGAGUAGGCACAAAUAGGAGAGGUUUGCACAGGAUGACAACAUCAAACCCUACUAAUUCGCUUGCAUGCACCUCAAAUGGACACAGUGGUGUAUUUGAUGUUGCAAACUUCGUUUUCAGGCUUUUACCAUCUAAAGAUGGUGUUGUGCUGAGAAGACUUCUGAUGACUGCGGAUGGUACUUCAUUAGUCCGAGCUAUGGUUUCCAAGGAGGCAGUUUUCUUCCGCCAACAAGUCAGUAGGGCUCUUGCAGAUGUGCUUUAUCAAUGGAUGGUAAAAGCUCUCGGACAGGAUGACACCAGAAGCCAAUAUGCUUCAUAUAUUAGAUCCACAUGUGUGCCCCAGAGAGAAGUGCUAACAUCUUCUGGACCAUCCACUUUCGUCUACGACUAUCAGUCUUUCCUCAAGGAUCGUCGGUUUAAAGUGAUCUUUUACAAGAUACUAGCCUCUGCAAGAAAAGAUACUUUGUUAAUGGUCAGGCUCUGCUGGGCUUCUUUUGUGAUUCUCGUUACAGCUUCAGCCUCAGCUUGUCGUCGGGUUUUACUUUCCUGGUCGGAGACUUGCAGGAAAUCUGUGUUAUUGGCUCCCAGGCGGUUGGCCAUCAGCAGUUAGUGUGUGGGUGGGUGGUUGGCGACUUGGCGCCUCUCAAAAUGCCGACUCCAUGUGUAAAUUGUAAAAUGUUUCAUAGAAUCUUCAGCAACUCUGACUCACCUUUUUGUAUAGUAAGUUUUGUAGUGAAGCCUAAAGCGGCUAUCGAUGAAGGUCGAGUUUGGUAGAUGUUCCCAUGUUCCACAGUAAAAUGCUAGACAACGUGUGUAAGUUGUAAAAUGUUCCAGAGUCUCCUACUUCUACGAGUAGAGCUUGGACGAAAGGAUGUCGAGUGGAUAUCCUUGAAUUGGUAGAUGUUCCAUUUAUCUGUACAUGCAUUGAAUAGUGAGAAAUGAUAUGGGGAUUGAGUCCGUCUGGAAAAAUAGACUUUGUCGUUUCUCUGAGAACACUAGCCGUUGCCAUAAUAUGCCAAACGUAUGAAAAGUGGCAUCUGAUUAUUGAAGCGGAUUCGCAGGUGAUAGUGGGAUGGGGUUGGCUGAAGGAUCCGGAAUUAACAAGGAAUAUGACAACAGAGUUCAAUGGAAUGGGUUGGCAGAUCAUUAAACUUAGCUGAUUCACUUGCAAAAUAAGGGGUUUUCUGGGAUUUUCAUUUUGGGCUUCCGUGUAAUUUCCUAUUGUAAUUAUAAUUCUUUAAUUAGUUUUAAAGGAAAUGUUGCAUCUUGUGCCUUUGUGCC